GCAAAAUACCGUUGUUACAUAUUCUACAUUCAUCGUAGAAUAAUCUAUUAAAAAUGGCAAGUCUUAUGUUUUGCGGUGUUUUUCUGUGUUUAUUUAUCAUGGAAGGAUCAUUUGCUUGCUUUAUCACGAACUGUCCACCGGGUGGUAAAAGGUCAGCUUACAGUUUUGCACCCAGUCCUUAUCGCAGACAGUGUAUGAAAUGUGGUCCUGGUGGAAAAGGUCACUGCUACGGUUCGAACAUUUGCUGCGGUGAAUCAUUUGGCUGUCUGAUGGGUACAGAGGAGACAGCGGUGUGUGUCAAGGAGAACUACAUCCGCACGCCAUGCUACAAUCAGGGCAGCAGUUGCGGCCAGAAUGAUAAAGGAAUCUGUGCAGCAGAUGGUAUCUGCUGUAAUGAGCAGGGCUGUGUGGCCGAUCAGAAAUGUACUGGGCAAUAGAGAAGGAGAAUCUCGGAUGGGUGUUAAGGAUUUCCGAUUGGAACAACACAUACAAGAGCACUGUCCGAGUGUUUUCCUUAAAGCCUGGCAAAAUCACAUUACAGAAUUUAAUUUCAAUGCCCCCAAACGCCAAAACGUCCCUGGUAUACGUUGAUAUAAUCCUGAGUUUCCUUAUUGCUCUGCCGUAUUAUGUAGGAUAACGCUUGGUCCAAAUACUUUUUUUGUUAUUUUUGUUAUAAGCGUUUUAUCUGUAAUAGCUGAAGCUUUUAUUGUUCAGUAUACAGUAUAUUGGGUCGAUGCCAUUAUUCCGUGCUCGGGAAUAAUUUCAUGGCUGACCUUUAACCUCUUGUGCACAGGCCGUUCAAAAGUCAUUAGUUUUGAUUUUGUAAAUAGUGACUUUUUUGUUUUCGUUUUAUUUUACACGAGUAUUCUCUGACUGCAAAACAAAUCGCUUAAUAUAAUUUAAUGCAUGUGCAUGCUAACAAUUUAAAAAAUGUUGUUCAAAACGAUUCGAAUUGGUACGAGAAGGAAAAUAAAUGCCC